AUGAAUAUGUAUCCAUCCAAUACCACUCACCCGCAAGAAGUCCCUAAAGAGGAGGAAGAUAUCUUAAAUUAUCUUCUUGAUGUUAGAAGCUUUCUCUCGAAAUUGAAACAGAACAGAACUCAAUAUUUAAAUUCUAAAGAUGUACAAAUUACUUACCAAAAUGUGUUAACCAAAGUUAGGGAAUUGGAUGAAAUUCGAAAAAAUAGCCAUGAUACCCCAUCUAAGAGUGCUACUACAUUAAUUCAUAGUAAUGAAUUACACAAUAGAGUCGACUCUGUAUUAGAUGACGUAUUUCAAUUAUUGUCUCUUUGUUUCUUGACUGUUGGGUUGAAGAAUUCCGCCCCUGCUACUUAUGCCUCAUUAUCCACUGUACAAAGCUUAUUGGAACAUUUAAGCGAAUCGAACAUUUUUACUCAUCACGAUUUAUCCCCCAUUAAGGAUAGAUUAAAUGAGAUAUCCAAGAUUGUAGAGAAAAGUUGCGGUAAGCUUCCAGAUGAACAGCUGAAUGACGAUGAGGAACAAAACUUAAAAGAUAUCGAUACAGAAAGGAAUAAAAACAAAAUCGAACAAGAUCUAUUAUUACGUGCCAAGCUACAACACUGUUUGGACGAAUAUAAACAAAUUGAAUCUAAAUUAGAAGAAAUUGACCCUUCUUUAACAAGUACUAUGGAAAAAUUGUUUCAGAUUCGUAGAGGAUUACUUUCAUUGGCUGCUUCCACUAAGAAAAAUAUGAAUCAGGGAUCUUUGACUUCUGAAAAGGAGCUGGAAAAUAAACAUUUAGUCUCGCAGGAAUAUGUUAAUAAGAAGCUACAUGCAUUGGAAGCUGAAGUCCAAGCAUUAGAAGCAAACCGUGAUGAAUCAGGGAAAUUUAAAUCCUUAGAGACAAAUGAAGUGGCAGAAAAUGGACAAAACGUGUUAAACGGAUUACUAGAUGACUGUCUUGAUCUGAUCAAUGAUCUCUCACACCAGACAAACGGUCAUUUGAAUUUAGAUCCAACUUUACAACCAAUUUAUGAAAUGCUUAUUGAUAUCAAGACAACAUUGGAAAAUUUAAUGAUCACAAGAAGGUGGACUCUAAGAGAAACCGAUCUUUUCACCUAUCAAAAACAACUUGGGGAGAUUGAUAAUAUGAGAGUUGAAGGUAGAUUCCCUACCAAGCACAUCGACUCUAAAGGACAAUUCAUCUUAUUAUAUUUAUUGCGUAGAUGUUACGCCAUUAUCUAUAAGUUGUUAGAAAGUUCUGAGCCGGUAUCCGAAUCAUUACAACCUAUCCAUAAUCAAUUAUCCACUGUCCGUCGUUGUCUAAUGGAACUAAAGAGAAUGGGAGGUGUGGAUAAUGACAGAGAGUUAUAUCCAUAUCAAAUGAAAUUAGCUUCAUUAGAUAAUCUUCGUGUGGAUGGGAAAUUUUAUGAUUCUGAGGGGAAUAUUCCCGAGGGUCAAGGUACUUUAAAUGCCUUACUUGCAGCUUGUUUUGACAUAAUGCAUGAAUUAAAAGUUGAGGCUGAGGAACGUGAAGAACAAUCAAAGUCAGAUGCUGAGAAUAACGAUGAUGGACAAAAUAAUGAAGAUGAACAGAAUUAA